UUCUUAUUAGUGGAGAUGUUUAUGGAAAGAAUUAAUCACGUGACGGGUGAACGAGAAUGGGAAGUGGCUGAGGAAGACCACGAUUUGGCGCAAGAAAUUGCUAGGAGUCGAUUCGCCGAUAUGAUUCUGGAUUACAAUCGCAAUGACAUGUUUCUCGAAGGACUUCGUAGCGUAAUACAAGAGAAGAAGGAGCAGGGCGUCGUUCCUCAUGUCUUUGACAUAGGUAUUUCAGGCACAGGAACAGGCCUCCUGUCUCUAAUGGCUGCAAGAGAAGGGGCUCAGGUCAUACCGUCACGUUCCACAGAACUUUCUCCCUUGUCAUCUAAACCAAACAUAAUCGUUGCCGAGGUAUUCGACACGGAGCUGAUUGGCGAAGGUGCACUGAGAACGUUCAAAGAAGCGUUGAUCAGUCAUGUUCAGUCUGGAUGUCGUGUUGUUCCUUCUCGAGGGCGUGUCUGGAUACUACCUGUAGAAAGUACAUUCCUCUCCAAGUUCAACCAAGUCCCACGGCUUUUUGAAGGAGACUCUCCACUGGGAGAUUGUCCAGGAUCUUCAGCGGUUUUCGACGUCCAGUUGUCCCAACUGCAUUCACAUCAAUUUAUUCGUUUAACAGAGCCUAUACUAGCAUUUUCAUUUAACUUCGAAUGUUCUGAUUCAAUUAUCUACGACGAAUCAUUCGAUAGGACUGCUGUUUGCAUAGAAUCUGGCCAAGUUGAUGCUAUCAUGAUGUGGUGGGAUCUAGAUAUGGAUGGAAAAGGAACGUCUUGGAUCGAUAUGACUCCGAAGUGGGCAAACAAUAACUAUCACUGGCGCGACCAUUGGAUGCAAGCAGUUUACUACCCUCCGAAGCGAGCACAGGUGAAAAAAGGAGCUACGGUCUGUCUUAAAUGCUGUCAUGACGAAUUCAGCAUGUGGUUUUUCGUUGGAGAAGAGUGA